AUGACCCCCCCUCUGCACUACGUGGGGGACAUGCUGGCAUGGGUGCAUCAACCCCUCCCUUCUGAACGUGAGGCGGCCCAAUCACUUUUUGCCAAGUGCUCCAAUCUAGACCCAACAGAGGAGACAAGGAGUACUGUGGCCAGCGUAUCGGAGAGUGUUUGCCGUCCUCCUAGAACCAGAAUUGAGCAGACGAUUGUGACAGACCAGCGUCGGGAGGGAGGCAAGAAACCCGUCAUGUUCAUUCAGUUGAUAUUCAGCUCAUGUUUCUGCUUCCUUUUAAUGUUCAUCUCAUCCCUGCAGGUGACUGAUGCAGGACUGCUGGUGGCCACUCUUGAUGAACUCCACCAGCUAAGCUACAAGAUGUUUUUAUAUCAGCACUGCAGAGUCAAGAUAGAGCCGCCAGGAGAGACACUGGCACCCACACCUGGAGUGGCACGCACCCUGAGUCUGCUCACUGAGGUGGUUACUGCCGCCACUGUGGCUGACGACGCACACCAUGAUUGUAAGCAGAUUGUGAGUUGUGUGGUGGAUCCUCUGAUGAAUGCGAUAAGUGAGAGUGCAACUGGACUGGGUGCAGUGGAGUCUGCUGUGUAUCUGCUCAACUGCUUCCACCAGCUGCACACCACUGGGGAUAAACUAGAGAUGAUCCAGGGACAGAAUGACGCCCAGCUGGACACACUGAGCCAGGAGCAGAUCAAUGGGGUGUGUGUGUCAUAG